UCAAGUCCCGGAGAUUUAGUAUCUCUUUUUUCAGUCUUUGGGGCUUUUAAAAAAGAGCCACUAGUCUCAAUGCGGAGCGGGCUAUGACAGCCUCCGUGCUCCUCCACCCCCGCUGGAUCGAGCCCGUCAUGUUCCUCUACGACAACAGCCUGGAUGAGAUCAAUAAGAACAUGGACGGGUUUCACGCCGGCAGCAACUUCGCGGCGGCUGCGGCGGCCAACCCGUGCCGCAACCUGAUGGCUCACCCUGCGCCCCUGGCCGCCCCCAGCGCCGCCGCCUACACGUCGAGCGAGGCCCCCGCCGCCGGCAUGGCCGAGCCCGCUGUCAAGCAAUGCAGCCCCUGCUCCGCCGCCGUGCAGAGCUCAUCCGGCGCCGCGCUGCCCUACGGCUACUUCGGCAGCGGCUACUACCCGUGCCGCAUGACCCACCACAACGCCAUCAAGUCCUGCGCCCAGCCCGCCUCCACCUUCGCCGACAAGUACAUGGACACGUCGGUCUCCGGCGAGGAGUUCACGUCGCGGGCCAAGGAGUUCGCCUUCUACCAGGGCUACGCGGCCGGGCCCUACCAGCCGGUGCCCGGCUACCUGGACAUGCCCGUGGUGCCCACCAUCGGCGGCCCCGGCGAGCCGCGCCACGACUCCCUGCUCCCCAUGGACAGCUACCAGCCGUGGGCCAUCACCAACGGGUGGAACGGGCAAGUGUACUGCCCCAAGGAGCAGAGCCAGCCGCCUCACCUCUGGAAGUCCACCCUCCCUGACGUCGUUUCGCAUCCCUCGGAUGCGAACUCGUACAGACGUGGGAGGAAGAAGCGAGUGCCCUACACAAAGGUGCAGUUAAAAGAACUCGAAAGGGAAUAUGCUACAAAUAAAUUCAUAACCAAAGACAAACGGCGGAGGAUAUCGGCGACCACGAAUCUGUCAGAGCGACAGGUCACAAUCUGGUUCCAGAACAGAAGGGUCAAAGAGAAAAAAGUCAUCAACAAAUUGAAGACGACCAGUUAAUGGAUUAACCGUGGAGAAGCGGCAGCUCGGAAGGAUCCGAACUUUUUUCCUUUCUUUUUCUUUUUCUUUUUUUUUUUUUUUUCCUUUUUUUUUUUUUUUUUUUUUUUUUUUGUUCAGAUUUAAAUAAUUAUUAAUAAUAAUUAAAAAGAAAAAAAAAAGAAAAGAAAAGACAAUGAACUUCUUCUCUCAGAACAAGCGAUCUGUAUCCUUGGAAUUAUAGAAUUUUUUGAAAAAAAAAAAAAAAGAUUGCUGUAGCAAAUGGUUAAAGCUGACAGUUCUCCUGCAAACCCAAGCAGACAGUGUAACUGCCAAACUGAAGCCCACAUCCCCCGCCGAGAGAAGCGCUUGCAGUUCAGACACACCAUUUUCCGAGCAACUUGUAAGUACUUCGGUGACCUUCCUGUUUGAGAACGCUCGUCGUGGCCACGAUGGGAGCUGGUGAACGUCAGGAGCUCGAUGCGUACACAUAAGCUUGUUUUCUUCCAUUGCAAUCCAAACUGUAUGUUGAAUGACUGCUCAGGUAAACCAUAGUGAAAAAAAAAAAUACAAUUACUGUAUGUUUUAAAGCAAUGCAUUUAGUGUUAAAGAAAAAGAAAGAAAGAAAAAAAAAAGUAAUAAUAAACCUCGAAGGUACUGAAUAAGGAUUUCAGAGACAUCAGUAAUGAAGGAAGCUCUGUGGAGGAUCUAUCCUGAUAGCAAAUUAGAACCAUCGCAAACAGUGGGGAUAGAAAGGGAAUUAUUUGCUUGGAGAUAUCUGUUGGUUUUAUUAUUUUUAUUUCCGAAAGAUGAUUUCUUGUCAUCUGUUCUGUUGUUUUGUUUCCCCCCUCAGACCGUACAAUAGAUACGUUGUAAAGGACUCUGCCUAUUUUAAACCUCAAAUGAUCUUCUAGAAUAAAUACUUUAAGUCCCCGGAAAUUUGUAGUUGUUUGACUCUGGGUGGAUACCAAAACACCACCAUUGGCAUUCCUGCAUAGCUAAAAAAUAAUCCCUCUGUGGAAAAAAUACCCAAGAACUUCGAACUGAAAUACAUUUCUUUUCCCCCCAGAAGUAUUUUGAUUUAUAUAAUCUAUAUUUUGAUCUAUAAGUAAUUAGUUGUUUCUCCUUGUUUAUUGUCUGUUAUGAGGCCGCAGUAGGACAUUUAGGGAUUCUUUUUACAGCACCUUUUAAUCCAAUCAGUUAUUUCAACCAGCACAUUAUUUUGUUUUUAUUCACUAUAAGAAGCUAUCGUGUAAAUAAAAUGACAAAAAAUCAGCGCACUGUGAAAAUGUAUUUGUGCACCCUCAUUUUUUUUUUUUUUAUUUUAUAUUUCUACUGAAAAAAAUGAAAAUCCAAGACAUGUAGAUAGGCAUAGUAGUAUUAAUACUGUUAUAAUAAAAUAGUCACUGUAAUAAAACCUGGAAGAAACACUCCUUAUU